UGGCAUCAUAAUAUACAAUGUAAAACAUAUUUAUCUGCAGGUAUAUAUCCUAAUUAUAGUACAAUAUUGUACAAUAGUACAAUAUAUCCUAAUUAUAGUACAAUAGUAAAGCAUGACAGCACAACCUGGAUUGUGGAUUGGUCAUUAUAAUAAUGACCAAAGUGUUGUUGCUAUUGUAUAUUAAUUAAUAGUUUAGGAGGACACACAGUUAAACACAUACACAUUGUCAUUAUGACCAUAAUCAAUAAGCCACACAACCAGUGUGGACUCUAAUCUAUUAAAGCUGAUUCAUAAACUUCUCUCUACACACAGCUUAGUGAGGUGAGCGUCAGGCAAGAGGGACAUCUAGUGUCUGGGUUUUAUGGAUAAAAACUGUUGGAAAAGUGUAUACAGAGAGUCCUUCAUGAAACUAAAUUUGCCUGGAAGGUGUAAAAAAAAAAAAGCCCUGCACUACUCAGUCCCGCUCUUCAGCCUUUCGGGUGGGCUCCAACUAAAUUACCCAUCGCGCCUUUCAUCCCCAUCUCCUUCCCCCAUCAUUACCCAAGCUGCCUGCCACCUACUUUCCACGAUGCACCCGCCGCCGCGGUCCACGCCCGUGCUACGACGUCAGUUACUGCGUGCCGCUGGUAGACAAUGCGUUCAAAACGUAGCAAAAAAUGGUAAAUAAGAAAUGUCUCGAAAGAAAUACCGUUAACCCGGUUUCACCCCAUCGUUUAGAGUCCUGAAAUCAUAGAAAUAGCACAUUUUAUUACGUUCAGUAUGUCAAUGAUGCUAUAUUAUGGUCAUUUAAAAGCAUUGUGCUUGGGACUUUGUGGUUAUUUAUAAAACAUAACAUACCUAGAUGCUAUAUUCAUAGUUUGUGUUAAAUAUUGCCCUUUGUGAUUUGCUAUAUGGGGUUUAUGUAUAAAUGCAGUGUUUCAAUUAUAGAUAUGAUACUGAAGUAGUUAUAGUGACAAAAUAAAACAAAAAGGACGGCAUUUUUAGAGAUUGUUAACCUAGAACACCCCUAAAACCCAUUUAUCCGAUAGGCCCUAAACGCAUCUACGGUCCGGACCAGGGGGCGUAGGUUUGACCGGCUUCUCGGAGGCUCAGACACAAUGAACCGUCAACGGUGAGGGGCAUGAGUGUUUGGCUUGAGUUAUUGGCAAGGUUUUAGCACAUUAUUAUUCUCAAUUGUGCCUCUUCUUUAGUUAAAUAAGCCAUUCUCAGACUACUGACACACUGUAUGGCGGUUACAGGGCUCGGCUGGAAACGGUUGGUUCGUCGAGUUUGAUGAAAACGAGGUCAGGCUCAGACUACCGUUAGCCCCUCCUGGCGGAUUCGUUUCGUUACUUUUUUCUAGAUAAAGCCAACAAAACGAGGCAGAUAACAAUGUCGUUGACUGCUUCGUCUGAUUAUUUCGCUGCCGAGUGUCUGGUAUCGAUAUCCAGCGGUCCUGUCUUGCACAGACCCACCCCGGUCGCCCCCGCCAGCCAGCCGACCACCGUGGGCCUGCUCCCCGGGGAGCCCGACGUGUCGAACGAGGACAGGGAAGUGCGGGAGACUCUGAGGCUGGAGGGGGCCAACAUGAUGGCGGUGGCCGGGAUCCUCACCGACCUGCACGGCAAGUUCCGCCCCAUGUCGGCCUACUCUGAGAGCAGCAACUCCUCGUGUGGAGGGGAGAGCGGCUACACCACGUUGUCGGACCCGACCACCCCUACCAUGACCCCCUCCGCCACCCCGGUGCCCGGACAGCAGCUGAGGGGGGGAGUAGGCGUGGGGGCCCCGCGGUCCCCGGUGAAGCGACACCAGUGCACUUUUGAAGGAUGCGACAGAGUUUACGGGAAAUCCUCCCACCUGAAGGCACACAUCCGGACACACACAGGUGAGCGGCCCUUCCCCUGCACCUGGCCCGAAUGCGAGAAGAAGUUUGCCCGCUCCGACGAGCUCGCCCGCCACACCCGCACCCACACUGGGGAGAAGCGCUUCCUGUGCCCCCUCUGCGAUAAGCGCUUCAUGCGCAGCGACCACCUGAUCAAGCACGCCCGCCGCCACCCUGACUUCCAGCCCUCCAUGUUGGGACGCAACAAGGGCGCAUCCCCCUCUCCCAACCCGGCCACGUACCAUUAGGGUGGUUUGGGUUGUGGGGGGGGGCGUUCUACAGGAGCACAGAAGGUCGGGCGGUUUCAAGUUAACCAGCUACAAUCAGUCCACUGGUUAGGAUUAAGCAUUUUUGUGUUGAACUCAAAAACAUACACACAUACACAGAACUUGAAAGUGAGGGGGAACAGCUUCAUCCCUCUGUCUACAAACGAGUCAUGUGACCACUAUCCCCUAAUGUAACUAGGGUUGGGUACCGAGAAACACUCAAAAUCUUUAAGAAAUGGGUUUUUGUAAGAAAUGUGCUUUUUGAUUCCACUUAUCGUCUCCUGAAAGUUUGGACCUACUGCACUUAAUUUACACGUGUAUCCAAGUGCGUGUAUAAUGUUUACAUUUUGAGCUAGCUUUCAAAACGGCUUCACUAAAGACAGUCACGAUGCAGUGACCUCUAAUCUCUGCAUGAAAAUAAAACAACAUGCAAGGGAACAUGCUUUUUCAUGUCAUGUAUCGUGAAAUCGAAUGACAUAUUUUUAGCGUUAAAAGACCAGAUGGGGAUGUUUUUGGCUAUUCUACUAAAAAGUAUUACAGGACAGAUCAAAGAACUUCAUCACAUUGAUGCAAAACAUCUUUAAAAAAAAAAAAAAAGCCAUAAUGCAGUCCUGCUCACAUUGCCUAGUAUAAUUAAUUAGGCUUGAAUUUCUCAGAAAGCUAAUUAAAAAACAUUUAAAAUGGCACAGCUUUUCUGUUUUUUAACCAAAAACCAUCACUAAAUAAUUCGUCAUUCAUAACAUGUGUAAGGCAGCCUAAACCUUAUGAAAAUAAAUAUAUUGUUUGUUUGUUUUCCUAACUCAGGAUUCGAUGAGAACGGGAACAUUAAGCAGAUUUAAAAUAGAGAAAAUAAAUCCAACCCUAUCAAUAAUCUUGUUUUUCAAACACGUACACAAAUGCAGGGAUUUUUCACAUUUUCUCCAAAAAAUCUGCCAAAACUCCUGUUUUUCUUGUGGUUAAUUUCUAGAUUGUUGUUGUGCUUUCAGUACCAUUUAUUUACCAUGAGUAGCACAAGAUUGUGAUGUUAGGUAGCGAGGCAUUGACUAGAAGCCUUUUAGCUUUUUAUUUUUAGCUUUGCUGAUUCCAUAUAAAAGUUUUAGUGGUGACACAUUCCUUAAUUUUUAUUGCAUCGGUAACCAUCAUUGAGGCCAUUCUGUAAUGCCUUCUUCAUAUCCAAUUCAACUAUAGAUCAAAUAUUGAUUUUUCCCAGAAAGUGGAUUAAACUUCACUAGAGGAGCUGUUUGCACACCAUCCUUAACUCUAGAUCAGUUAUCACACAUGAAAUGCUGAUACGUAAUACACUGUAGUAUUAUGUCCUAUUUUCAUUUAAUUUCAAACCUUUAUUUAACCAGAUUGGUCCCAUUGAGAUCAUAGAUCUCUUUUUCAAGGAAGACCUAUACUGAUGCAAAUGUAUAUAAGCUUUAAGCUUUUAAUGUAGAUAAAUGGUAAUGCUACUAGCAGCAGAAUUAAUACAUGUGAUGAAUUGUAGUCCUUAUAUUAGGGGUAACGGGAUACUCUUGAUAGGAUGGCAUUGCCUGUGAGUGUUGGUGUGUAUGUGUUUUUUAUUUACCUUUUUGUUAGCGGCAGAACUCAGAAAAAGUGUGUAUGCAUCGAUAUCAGAAUUAUAUAAAAGUGUUUAAACCUCACUCAUCAGGGGUGUGGAGCCAGAACACGUUCAGGUUCAGGUGUGCCAGGUCACAACUAUUGAGUGGUGCAGCGAUGUAUUUUUGUAGGCCAACCCGGAAGUGAAAAAGCAAUGGGAUUUUCCUAUUGGUUUUCAAAAUAUUGCAGAAAAUGAGAUCUCUGGCCAACACAUGUUUAUGAUACUUACACAUUUCGUUCAGCAGGAUUAUCUCCACAUAUUACACGUAAAUGUAAUCGCCAGAAGUAAAAAGCUAACGUUAAGACAAUGCAUCACCGCCGCUAAGCUAAGGUGGCUAAUGUUCAGCGUGAUGACAUUGAGUAGUCUCAUUAAGCCACUUGUUAGCAACUGCUGUUUAAAUGACACAAAGAAGCUUUGGACAUUCACCAGUGGGGUAUUUACUGACAUAUUUUAAGCUUGUGAUAACCACAGAAUUUAUUUCAGGCAUCUAACCAAAAACACGUUAAAAAAAAACAUUGGCUUCGAGACGAGAGAAGAACAAUUGGUAAUAUGCUAAUUCAUUUCCGGGACUUGGACUCACUCCAGCACCACACUAUACCAUUUGACCUUUAUUGAUUUACACUCAUUUUGACUUGUCAAAACAAAUAAAAGCACAGGUGCAACCAAUAUAAUCAAGAAUGGCAGUCGGGGUGACCUCUGCCAAGGCCAAUGGUGCAUUCACAUGCUUCUUGGGGGUACCAUUUGUUGAGACACUUUUCUUGUUGAAUUCGUUGUGUUAAGCUUUACGUUGUACGGUGGAAACGAGCGUUUCUCAAUCUCAAAUUGUUAAUGAUUCUAAAAUAUAACUUUUGGAUCAGCCCCCAAAACAUGUAAUGGGUUCUUUGCCUAUUCUAGCUACACCCUUCCACCACGUUCAAUGAAACUCGGCUACUAGUUUGUCCUUAUUCCCGCUGACAGAAAAACUGAUUUGAAAACCUUCUUGGUAGAAGUAGCUCAGUAUAAGCAAAUGGUGGCUCUAUUCCAUAUUGGUGUGUCUUUGAACCAGCCAACCUCUGUAAACGGGAUGCCGCCAUUCCACAAUGUUAUUCGUUACACCUGUUUUUCACAAGUCAAAAUGUCCACUGUGAUAAAAGCAAAACAUUGAAGUGAACCGGCACCUAAAUAUUCCUAUAUGCCAAAAAAGGAAGUCAACAAUCCUUGUGUUUCAGGAAAAAUAACAUUCAUGAGCAAGCCAUCAAAUAAUCAAAUCUAUCAGAGUACACACAAUAUCCAGGUCCGAGUAAAGAGGGUCAAUCUUUUCUUUUUGUUUUCACACUGUCUGUCCAGCUCAUGGACAUAUUCCUUUUGAUCUCAGUGAACAACACUUAAAGCCUUAAACUAUGUCAUAACUACUUUGCACCAUGUUUACAGUCAAAUCAUUGUACAGGUAUAUGUAUGCGCUCAUCACAGAUACUCGUUAUGCAAUAUGGCACUUUUUUCUUACAGGUGUAUUUGGGCUGAAUUGUGUCAUGGCUUGCACUGUUGCUAUGCUUCUACAAGCAAGCACUGUGGGACUAUGCUCAUGUGUUGAUAACCAAUGGUUUGUAAAACUGCCUUUUUGUCCAGGGUCUUUAGAAAAAAAACGUGAUGCAAGAAGUGGUUUCUAUGUAGUUUUUCGUUCUUUUGUAAUGUUUGCUUUAGUCAUCAUGGCCAUCUCUUGUUGUGGAUUUUUUUUCUUUCUAUAUCGCACACCCUUCAUUUGUGCUUCCUGAUCUGUCUUCCGCGUUCACACGUCAAACCAUCUCACUGUUGAUCUCAUGGGAACAUUUCGUACACAUUCCUCCUCCAGAGGUUUGAUCUGUUGAUAGUUUUUGGUUGCUGCUGGCAGUAACCACGAACAUACGGACUGUUUUAACAAAGGAACACACCAUAUACUCGUUUUUUAAAGCCUUCAAAAUGGAAAUAUGAGCUUCCAUCACCCCUCACAGAUGGAAGCGUCUUCUCACAAAGCUAUAUAUCACAUACAUACCUCACAGAUUCUCUUUUUCUUUACAAAAUCCAUCCAUCCAGUCUUUCAGAAAUUCCUUUAAAGCCUUGGAUUUCAGAAGUUUAAUCAGCUAGAUGGUCUGCUAUGUACCCUAUGUCCUUACUAUGGUGGCCGACAGUGGCCAACACGCUGCAACGGUGCAGCAGUUCCUAAAACGAUGCAAACUUAAAAACACAAAAGUGCCAAAACACAUGCAAAUGAAGAAACCCCUUCAAAAACUUGACAACACGUGCAGCAUUUAGAAAAUAUUCACUAGCUUGACAAAAUGUGUGCAGAGUUUACUAAAAGCGCUUGAAACAAAAUGCUGCAAGAAGUUAAAACAUAAUAGAAAUGGGAACACUAAAUAGUGAUGCACACAGGUGGGACCACAGCUCUUGUUGUCGGUCAGGCAUUAUACAGUUGGCCAAAUGUCACUGGAAAUGUACCUUUUUUAAUUCAAGUUUUAUUGGCCUAUUUUAACAAUGUGAUCGCAUGAUUCCUUCCGAUAUGAUUGCAGAUCCGCUGCAAGCUAGCUAGCAUGCUGACAAAAUACUUUGAAAUUUAAAACAGACUAAUUCUGCGAGUGUGACGGUUGGCAACUUGAAAUAUCGCCGAACGUCAUCAAGCACUUUUUUGUGUCCCUGCUUUCUUUGUGUUUUGAGCUUCUUGCAGCAAGUGAACCCUGCCCAUGUUUUAUGUAGGUGAAGAUGUUUUUCUUCAUUUGCAUGUGUUUUGGCAUAUUAGUGUUGUUAUAUUUGCACUGUCUGAAAAUGAGGCACGUUUAUCAUAAUGCACCAUUUGCACCUGUCGGCCACCGUACUUAUCUUGUCUUUAUAUGCAACAUCACUACUACCUGUGCAGCAGAAUUUCCUUUUUCCUGCCUCAAUUUCUGUUGUUAAUGGACAGUAGCAAAAUGAAUCUCUGGGAUAAAUCCAGCCCCUGGUUGUCUAGGGAAAAAACUCUUAAAAGGGGUGUUUAGUAAGUAAAGAAAAAUACAUGUUGACUUCAAUGCAGAAUUUAAUUAAAAGAGCGCGGUCCAAAUCUAUAUGUUCAUAUCGCUGAAUGUGGCUUGAUGACAGAUGAGCGUUUGGAUUGAAUUUUUGCGUAGAACGACAAAUUCCUCGUCACCACACUAAUUCAGAUAUGCACAUUGUACAGAAAUGGAUGUUUUUUUAAAUUGAUGCCUAAUUUUUACAUAAAUGUAAUUUUUUUAAUAAUCCUCUUAUCAAAGCUUUAGUUAAGGGGGAACUGUGGAACUAAAUAAAUGCUGCAACAAGCUGUUUUGAUAUUUAUAUUCUCAGGUGUCCUCAAUUUUGAGCAUUGGACCUUCAAUAUUUCCUGUGCAAGUACAAGCAUGUUUUUUUUUUUUUUUUUGUUAUGCUGAUUAAUUUAUUCCAAAAAAAAGAAAAUGUAUCAUUUGUGUGGUUUAAUUAUUC